CAAACGCUUGAACGUCUGUGUAGACACAUAACCUGCGAUUUGAUUCAUCCGCUUCACACCUGAUAAAGCUCCUUUUUUAGAGAGUCUGUGAUUUACAGUUAAUGUAGCUGGGACUGUUUUUAUCGGGCCCUGGAUUAGUAAACGCCGAACGCCAUGCCCAACACAGCAGACACCAAGCCCUCAGCAGUGCUGGCCGAGGCAAACGACCCCGACCCUGACCCCCUGGCCGACUACGACCUCUCGCGGCCCAUCACGGCUAACCGGGGCCUGCGGCAGGGCCUCCCGGGCUACGGCGACCCACACUUUGCGCUGUUCCUGCGCAAGGCCUUCAUCAAGGCGCUCGGCUACAGCGACGACGCGCUCUCGCGGCCCAUCGUUGGCAUCAUCAACACCUACUCGGCCCUGAACCCGUGCCACGCCAACGUGCCGCAGCUGAUCGAGGCCGCCAAGCGCGGGGUGCACCUGGCGGGCGGGCUGGCCGUCGAGUUCCCCACCAUCAGCGUGCACGAGAGCUUCGCGUCGCCCACCAGCAUGUUCCUGCGCAACCUCAUGGCCAUGGACACGGAGGAGAUGAUCCGGUGCCAGCCCGUCGACGCCGUCGUCGCCGUCGGCGGCUGCGACAAGACGGUGCCCGCCCAGAUCAUGGGCGCGCUCUCGGCCAACAAGCCCGUCGUGCCGCUGGUCACGGGGCCCAUGAUGCCGGGGAGCCACAGGGGCCGCCGCGUCGGCGCCUGCACCGACUGCCGGAGCAACUGGGCCGCCUACAGGGCCGGCGAGAUGGACAUUGAGGACAUUUCGGCCCUCAACGAGGAGCUGGCCCCGACGGGAGGAACCUGUGGCGUCAUGGGCACCGCCAGCACCAUGGCCUGCGUGACCGCCGCCCUCGGCCUGAUGCCCCUACUCGGCGCCACAGCCCCGGCCGUGUCCUCGGCGCGCCUGCGCAUCGCCGAGGAGACGGGUCGGAUCGCGGCGGCCCUCGCGGCGGGCGGCGGGCCGCGGCCGCAGGAGCUGCUGACGGCCGGCUCGUUCCACAACGCCCUCGUGGUGCUGCAGGCCACGGGCGGCUCCACAAACGCCGUCGUGCACCUGCUCGCCAUCGCGGGCCGCCACCCUGGUCUCGCCCCGGGCGCCGUGACGCUGCAGACAGUCGACGACAUCGGCCGCGCCGUCCCGCUGCUCGUUGACCUCAAGCCCAGCGGCGACAACUACCUGUCGGACAUGCACGCCGCCGGCGGCAUGCCCGCCCUGUUGCGCCAGCUCCGCCCGCUGCUGCGCCUCGGCGCCGCCACCGUCGACGGCCGCACCCUGGGCGAGGUGCUGGACGCCACCGCUCCCUCCGCCAACGGGCAGCCGUACCCGGUGUCGACGACGUCCUCGUCCUCCUCCCCCGGCGCCGCCGUCAUCAUCCGCCCCCUCUCGGACCCGCUGCAACCCGCCGGCCUGGCCCCGCUGGCCGUGCUGCGCGGCAACCUGGCUCCGGGCGGGGCCGUCAUCAAGGCGUCGGCCGUCAAGGACCGGCGGCUGCUGCGGCACCGCGGCCCGGCCGUCGUCUUCUCGGGCGCCGCCGACCUGGCCGCGCGACUCGACGACGAGUCCGCCGCCGCCGAAAUCGGCCCCGACAGCGUCCUGGUGCUGCGGGGGAUCGGCCCCGUCGGGAACCCGGGCAUGCCCGAGGCCGGGCUGGUGCCCAUCCCGCGCAGGCUGGCGGCGCGCGGCGUGGCCGACAUGCUGCGCAUCAGCGACGGCCGCAUGAGCGGCACCGCCGGCGGCGCCGUCGUCCUGCACGUCUCGCCCGAGGCCGCCCUGCCCGAGAGCGUGCUCGGCGUCGUGCGCGACGGCGACGUCAUAUGCUGCGACGUGGAGCGCCGCGUCCUCCACCUCGAGGUCCCCGAGGCCGAGAUCCAGGAGCGCCUGCGCCUCAGGGCCGAAACGCUCAACCGCGCGCCCGAGGGCCAGGGGGCCACCAAGACGCCCGUCAGGGGUUACAGGGGACUCUAUCUGAGGAGCGUGAACCAGGCCCAGUUUGGAGCCGACUUUGAUUUCCUGACUGCUGCCGGGUGCUAAAAAGCCAGAGUGGCGCGGGAGAUAAUGAGGGUGACAUCACCACAUUGUUUUGAGUAUCGGGUAUCUAUCUGAUUCUGUAAUGUAAUCAUGAAUCACCUCGAGUGACGGACAAACCAGCCAGUGUGUCUAGGGGGAAAGCUGAAGCUUGCUUCACCCCUGCAGAUGCCUCCCAAGUGCACGGAAUUCCUCAGCCCUGUCCAGCACUGCUUGGUAGAAUCCAUCUCAGCUCCAGACCAGUUCAGUGAGCUAACCAAGGA